AUGAUGCGAAUUAUUGCCACCGAUCCAGAUUAUAAGAAGCGGUCGGAACAAAACAAGAAGAACCGAAGAGGCGGAUCCAUGGAAAAUGUCGUUGAACCGACCCACUUUCAAGGUACAAUAUCAGUUGUACAACAUGAUAAAAAGAUGGUUGCACAAAACCAAGGCCAAUUACCAAAUGCCCAUGAUCUUUUCUUGAAGACACACUUCAAGGAAGUGCCUGGAAAAGGCCAAGUGGCUGCCAACACCAAAGAAAAAAGGAUUGCGGAGACCUACCAGAAGAAGCUCGAAGAAACAAGGAGUCAGAGGAUUCAGAAGAGUCCCAAUGAGUUUUACUGGGAGACGGUGGGUGGGCGCAAUAAGAAGGGGCGUGUGAAGGGACUUGGCCAAAGUGCAGAGCUCUACUAUGGCAAACAGAUGGGUCGAGGUUCCCGUUCUUCACAGCAAUACACGCCGUCUGUCAUUUCUCAAAUGCAAGACCAGAUGGAACACAGGGUGCAAGCUCUCCAAAUUCAAAUGGAAGCCGAGAUGGAAAGGCGAAUUGACUCCCGAAUGGCUGAAAUGAAGAGGAUAUACAAGGAGAGUAUGGAUGAGAUGAUGAGUCGUUUAACCAACAACGACUCAUAUUCCACCAUUCAUCCUCAGCAUCGAGACCCAAGGGACGACCCGGGUAGUGGUGGAGCAGGCCAUGGUUUCCAGGCAAUUGCGUAG